AUACUGAAAAGCAUAUUUUGAUCAACUUUCAUUUUCCAAUGUAAUCGUGCUUCAAUUUCACCAUUGCUUCAACGAGUUUAAUUCAACUUCAACAUGAAGCAGUUGUGCCUGAUUAUUUUAAGUUUAUCUGUUAUUUUUAAUUGCACCGAUGGAUCAAAUGAUAUUAAAGAUUUUAAAUUAUUUUGUGGACUGCUUGAGCUUUCGGGGAAAAUUGAACAGUCAAAGGAAUUGAAAGAUUCAAAGUGCUUUACUCAAAUAAUUCCCAAACAAAUACAAGAAAAGAUAUUCAAAUGUUAUGGUGACUUGAUAACGACUCGAAUCGCUGAUACAAAUGAUGUCUGUUUAGUCAAGAAAGAAAUGCCGGAAUCACUGAGAUAUGUUGUCACUUGUUUGCAUCAAGCUUUUGAUGAGUUACUUAUUGAUGUAGUCAAUAUUUGCAUACAAGAUGAAUUGGAAAGGGUCAAGAAUCAACAAUUUGAAUCAUUGUUCAUCUCAAAAUGAAAUCUAUUUGCUCGUUGCAAUUGAAAACUAAACUGGAUAAGUUGAUGUAAAUGAUCCAUAUUCAAGAUUAAAUCAAUUUUUUUCAUUGAA